AUGCUGCUCCUGGCCCUGGCAUUUUUUUUCCCAGCUGGUGACACUCAGAACGUUUUGCCGGGGAAAAUUUCUUUCUAUGGCAUCCAAAUCUCAACGUUUUUCAACCAUACCGUGGUAGAGAAUCGAGGAUCAGGCUGGUUGGGAGAUAUGGAGAUUAGCAGCUGGGACAGUGAAAAAGAAACUAUCAUAUUUCGGAAACCCUGGUCUAAAGGCAACUUCAGCAAUGACGAGAUUUUGGAGGUGGAAGAGAUAUUUCAAGUCUACUUCUUUGGAUUCGUCAGAGAAGCCCAGAAACAUAUGAGUGAUUUCCAGGUGGAAUACCCCUUUGAGAUUCAGGUCAUCUCAGGCUGUGAGGUGAAUUCUCAAAGAUCCUUUGAUUACUUCAUGAGGGUAGCAGUAAAGGGAUUGGAUCUCCUGAGCAUCAAGAAUCAUUCAUGUUGGCCUGCCCCAGAAGGUGGUUCUAGAGCACAGAAAUUCUGUACAUUAAUAUUGCAGUACAAAGGAAUCUGUGAUACCGUGGAAAUUCUCCUUACAAAAACUUGUCCCAGAUAUUUGAUGAGUGUCAUAGAAGCAGGGAAGUCAGAUCUACAGAAGCAAGUGAAGCCUGAUGCCUGGCUGUCCCAGGGACCGAGCCCUGGGCCGGGCCUUCUGCAGCUGGUGUGCCAUGUGUCUGGCUUCUACCCAAAGCCUGUGUGGGUGAUGUGGAUGCGGGGUGAUAAGGAGCUGCCUGAAACUCAGAAAAGAGACGUCCUGCCCAAUGCUGAUGAGACAUGGUAUCUCCGAGUGACACUGGAUGUAGCGGCUGAGGAGGCUGCUGGACUGUCUUGCCGAGUGAAGCACAGCAGCCUGGAAGGGCAGGACAUCAUCCUCUACUGGGGACACUCCAUCUCCAUUGGCUGGAUCAUUUUGGCAGUACUAGUACCUUGUUUGAUUGUUUUGGUGUUAUUUAUAUUAUGGUUUUACAGGCGCUGGUCAUAUGAGGAUAUUUUUUGA